AUGUCAGACGCCUUGAAAACCGCUGAGUAUGUCGUAUUUGGAGUUGCCAUUUUUGGAGAUCUUUUGUAUUUCCUAUUCAUUCGGUACAAAACAGACCCCGCGAUGGAUGUUUACCGGAUACUGCUGUAUUACAAUUUGUAUGCUGACAUUGCUCUAACAGUCCUGUCGUUUUUAUGCAAACCGGUAAGCAGUUGCUCCGAAUUUUAAGAACUGAAAAAAAUGAAAAUUUUGGUAGAAAUUAAGCAACGUUGCCUUGAUUAUAUACAAUGCAGCAAGGAAGAUCGUUAAAUAUAUAUCUUCCAUUAACAAAAAUCUUAUAUAUUUUUUUCAGUUCAUCGCAGUCUACAAUGGCAACGUUUACUUUAUCGGAGAUACCCCCUUCAAGACCGAAAAUCCGGCCGCUUGUUUUAUUCUUUUCAGCUUUUACAUUUACUGUUUCUAUCAGACCUUUAUCGUCUGCCCAAUGUCAUAUUAUUUCAGGUAUUUGGCGGUGUGCAAGUAAGUUCUUUCCAACAAGACCUCUAAAAUCAUCAAAUAUUCAAUUUUAAAUUGCAACAAAAUUAAUUGUACAAAGUGCAAUUUUGGGUCUUUCAGAGCCCAGAUUCUGACCAACUGUAAAUUCAUUGCGUUGGCAAUUUUCUGGACUUUAAUUGCCGCAGGCAGUGUUACUGUUUUUGCUACAUUUGUAAUGUAUCCUACUGAGGAUCGACUGGUUGAUUUUUACUCAACAAAAGACACUUUUGACACCACUAUUCUUAAGGACAUCCACAGGUCUUUUGCCGGACUUUCGAGCUCACGUGAUGUAAGUAAUUACUAUAUUAUAUAUGAUACUUGUACACUUAGCACUUUAAUCAAAACUUUUUAGAGUUCCCUUCUACUACAACUAUGCAUGUGGAAUGGAUUUCUGAUUGUCGCAACAUCCUAUGUGGUCACAUUCUACUUCAUGCACAAAGUGACGUCAUCAUUUCGAAUUAGACAUAAGGGAACGAAAUGGCAUGACAUUAAUAAGCAAAUUGCGAGGGUUAUGUUGGUUCAGGUGAGUUUUGUAUUUCAUUCUCACCGAGAUGUUUUUUAACUCUAUAUUUAGGCAAGUGUUCCCAUGCUCCUGAUGGCUCCAGCUUACCUAAUUCUCUUUCAAAUGUUUAUUUUUGGAAUGGAAUCCGAUCUGAAGCAAUACCUCAUGAAUGUCCUCAUGACCUUGGCUCCUUUAGUCAACCCUUACGUUGGAAUCUUGAUGGUGAAGUCGUAUCGAAACGCUUUGUGUGGCUGCUUCUCAAGUAGUCGAGAACAAGAAGUUUAUCCGGAAGAACAAACGGCAGAUGAGGAUGUAAUUUAG